GAAAGAAAAGAAUUUGGAACUUUUAUACAAGAGCAUAAGGAACUUUUACUUUCUAGGACAAUAUCAACCUUUUCUGGGGAAACUUCGGAUCUGUCUUUUCUUUUCUGUUACAAAGAUACCCCAUUUUCAGUAUGCGCACCAAACAAACGGUAAGGAUACUUCAAUGGUAAUACCAUAAAUGCCGCAAAGUAAUACGCUGCCAAAUCUAAUAAGCACCUAAGCAGGCAUAAAAAAGAAGAGUACGUUCCAUGCAAUGGAAAAGUAUAGAUUAUGUAGAAAGCAAGUUCGAUCUAAAUAUAUUAGAAGAAACCAAAAAAAAAAAAAAGUAACAGAAAAGUUCAAGUUAUCGUAUCCCAUUCAAGUUCAUCAAUCUUUUCAAUUCCCGUGCAUAUAUAGCCAAAGCAUAUAAGUAUUGUAUAUCAAGCUCUCUAGCUUCCUUAUUCAAAAAAAAAUUUUUAAAAAAAAAAGCUCUGUAGCUGGCUAAUCAUUUAAUGGCUAGGCACAGGCAAAAUCCUAGUGCUUUUCCAUUUUCUAUUAUUCUGGUUGUGGUCUUUCUCUCUAGCGGUUUGUUUGUGCAUAAUGUUGGUGCUGAAACUCGUGAGUAUGUAUCGGCUGUGGGUGAUCCGGGAAUGAGAAGGGAUGGCCUGAGGUUGGCGAUAGAGUCAUGGAAUCAAUGCAACGAGGUUGGUGAAGAAGCUCCUGACAUGGGCAGCCCGAGAGCUGCCGAUUGCUUUGACUUAUACAAGGCUUCUCCAACGGCAACAGAGAACAACUGCUCCUUGUGCAAGUCCAUGCCUUACAUGUUGGUCCACAGAGUCAUAGACAAAGACAACAAUCUAGGGGUAGGAGACCCAUUUCUUGGGAUCCAACCAAAGGCCCUUUCCGAUGUAGACCUUUACGCUGCUGAGAAAGAACUCUAUCUGGGAUCGAAAUGUCAGGUUGAAGACACCCCAAAUCCAUGGCAAUUUUGGAUGAUCAUGCUCAAGAGUGGGAACAUGGACACUUUUGCUGGAAGAUGCCCUAAAAAUGGCCAUAAAGUUGGACCUUUCGGCCCUGACAACAUAUUUCCUUGCUUUGGAAAAGGUUGCAUGAACCAACCAAUGAUUCAUCAUGAUUAUACCACAUUGCAAGGGGCCGAUAGGACAACUCUUAGGGGGAGGUUUUAUGGGUCAUGGGACUUGGAUGCUAAUUUGAGUAAUGAUUUGGUGGGAAAUAUAUCUUAUUAUUCGGUAACUUGGGAAAAGGAACUUGGUGAGGGAAGUUGGGUUUUUCAUCAUCUCUUGAGGACUUCAACAAAGUAUCCUUGGUUAAUGCUUUACUUCAGAUCCGAUGCCACCUUUGGACUCUCUGGUGGAUACCAUUACCCAACCCGAGGAAUGACCAAGAUUAUCCCAGAAUCACCAAAUUUUAGAGUGAGAUUCACCUUGAAUGUGAUCAAAGGUGGUGGUCCUAGCAGCCAGUUCUAUCUAAUGGACAUUGGAAGUUGUUGGAAGAACAAUGGCCAGCCUUGUGAUGGCGAUGUAACUUCAGAUGUCACACGAUACAGUGAAAUGAUCAUAAAUCCAAGCAUAAAAGCAUGGUGCCAGCCAGGAAAACUCGAUGUCUGCCCACCUUACCACACUUUCCCCAAUGGGACACGCAUUCAUCGUAACGAAACUGCUCGCUUCCCUUAUGAAGCUUAUCACUUGUAUUGCUCCCCAGGAAAUGCAGAGCAGCUUGAGGCGCCUUAUAGUUUGUGUGAUCCAUAUAGCAAUCCUCAGCCUCAGGAGAUAUUGCAGAUUUUGCCACACCCAGUUUGGGGUGACUAUGGGUACCCUACUAAGCAAGGAGAUGGUUGGAUUGGGAAGCCAAGGGCGUGGGAUCUUGAUGUUGGAAGGUUGUCUCAAUCACUCUACUUUUACCAGGAUCCAGGUACUCCACCAGCAAGAAGGCAGUGGAAGUCUGUUGAUUUGGGAACUGAAAUAUUUAAAGACCCUGACCAAGUUGCUGAAUGGACUGUUACUGACUUUGAUAUCCUUGUACCUGAGCAAUGAAGAGACUCAUGGUUGUGGUCGUGGGUCCAAAGUCAAAGACCCAUAGCCACUUUAAAGAAGAUGAAGAAGAAGGAGAAGGAGAUGAAGACAGAGAAGAAGGGAAAAUGGGAGAAUUAAAAAAAAUAAAAAUAAAAAAGGUUCGGCGGUCGGGUGAGUAGGUAAACCAACCCGCCAACUUAUUGUCUAUCGUCUGCUGUCAUGAUUAACAUAUCUUUGACAUCCAUAUAAUUGCAAAGAACCUGUCAUGACGCCUUUCGUUUCAUAUAUAAAUUUGAAAGGACGUUCUUAAUGCUAA